AUUUUUCAACUUCAAUACAUUCGAAAUUUGCAUAAAUAUGCGGGAUAUUUUGAAGACGUCAACAUUCUACACCGAUUUCUCUAAAGUAUAAGCCUUCGUUCCCUCGAACGAACGUGUGUGAAUUCAACGCAAACUUUAUCCAGUCUCGAAAUAUUGAGGCAAUUUUGACAUAAAACAAUACUUUAAUACUUUAUAUCAAAUAAAAACAAUAUUAUUUUAAACGGACUAAAUGACUAUUCUUCGAAUUUCAUUUACUUUUCUGCUUGUAAUAGCCUAUGUAGAAGGAAGACCUACUAUGACGAAAACGGCAACGACUACAAAUACACUAUCUUUGGAACAAAAUAUGUUGGAGGAAGAAACGAAAUUAAAACAAAUACAAGAAGACGAUUCCGAAACUAUGUCAAUUCCAAGUCGCCGAAAACGGUCGUUUGGACCUUGUAAACAAUAUUUACUAAGAUUCAGAAAAGCUACACCACUGAAGAAAAUUAGGCUUUUGUUGAGGUCAAACAUACGGAAUAUAUGUGGAAAACGUUUCUUCCGAUUUACUCGUGAACUUACCCUACUGGAUUGUGCAGAUGGAUUUAAUUGCAGUUGAUGAUGUCAUUAUUCAUCAAAAUUGAUUGAGAUUCUAUAAUUUAAAUUUAUUAUCAUUAUUGCUGAUAUUUUACUGUGAACAGAGCUUUCGCACAUAUUUAUAUAGUUAUUUAAAAAUGCACAGUCUAGUCCAACGAUAAAACGAAUUUAAUACGGUACUCACUCAUGUUUAUCAUUAUAAGUUCCUACGCCUUUGAUAUGAUGUAUGCUAUGUCAAACGUGAUUAUUUAAGUAAUAAAACCUCUUUGAAGUUA